GCAAAAUGUUGUUCAGUGUGUCGUUACUCGCUGGCAUAGUCACAAUGGCGUCCACUUUGAUAGACAAUGAGCGACGGGAAUAUAAUUUAGAAGAAGCUCCUGCAAUAUUUGAAGAAUUCGUAAAAAAGUACUGCAAAGUAUACAAAGACGAGGGAGACAGGACAAUCCACUACGAAGCAUUCGUCAAUAAUCUCAAACAGAUAAACGAAUUGAAUAAAAUCUAUACAGACACCACUUAUGUAAUUUUUAUGGAUUCUGAUAUGACUCCUGAAGAAAAAAAGAGUCAAGUUCCAUGUCAACUUCAUUAAGAAUAUUUUCAUCAUCAUUAGUCGUAUUUCUGAUAUUGCUUAUUGCACAAUGAAUAUAAGCAUAAAAACAACAAAGUUUGCUCAAAUUGUACCCGAAAAUUAUAUAAUGUCUUAAUAGUUCUACGUCCUGGAUUAACUGAGGCAUAAGGACAAGCCACAACAUGAACAUGGAAGACUAAUACUAUUAGAUUCUUUUAUCAGCUAUUCACAAGCAUUUAUUGCCCAUUGACAGACCAUAGUUGGUCGUCGAGGACUUAGGUUAUUUUAGAGCACAGUAAAUGUACCUGCAAGUAAAAAAUAUGAGAAAGAGGAAUUGACUUACUGUUGUCGUUGCAGACAGCGGAUAGGGAACGAUGCACUUUUCUCCGUACAUACCUAUACACACAGAAAAAAGCAGUACUUAUAUAUAAAAUAUAUAUAUACUUGACUCCGCAUAAAUGAAUUGAUCACACCUGAUCGAAGAUAACUGGUGCAGCAGUUUUACCUAACACUCCAGCCAUCCACACUUUGCUGAUAUUUGAGUUGCUUCUAAAUGCCUGUUUUAAAGGAACUCUGAUUGUGGGGUGGUACGAACGCGGGAACGGGAAAAGCAUUCCUGUUGCGGAAAUUUGUACUAGGAACUGACUCACCAAAUAAAUUUCUGAAAGUUUGUUAUUUUUACUCUUUUCGUUAUAAUUCUGAGCGUCUAUCGUUGUUGUUACAAUUCAAAGAGACGUACAUCAUGACAGUGUGACCACGGAUCCUAAUUCCUGAAUUAAGGGUCCUUUCAAAUAUUAUAUAAACGUAACUUAAAACGUUUCUGAAAUGUUUUAUUUUUAAAAGUGAAGAGCUUUACCUUUGAAUAAUCUUUCUAUACCUAACAAAAAUAGUUGAAUACCUACUAGACCGGGCGCUAGAGGUAAGUGAGUAUGCAUAAUGUGAGUACCGAAUUUUGCCAACGGAUUUAAGUGAAGAAUAGGUCAAAGAAUAAUAAUGUGAAUCUUGCCGGUCGAUUUUUUGGUCCAUAUUUAUUUUACCCCCUUUUCUCUUAUUCGUAAAGGGAAUGUAUUGAGUACAUGAUAUAAAAUCAUUUUAAUGAUUAUUUUUGUAAUAAUUUAUAGUUUUUUGUAAUGGUAAAAGUCAGGAUGGAUUCUUAAAUAAUAAAAAAAAUCAUAGUUAUUUUUUUUUUAUUAAUAAAAAAAAAUAAAGUUGCCUGCUCAUGAAAAACCAGCGAAUCCAAGCAUAAAUGUAUUUUAAGUAGGUACAAAAUUAUUCAUUUUUAUUUUUACAUUUGUUAUUGAUGCAGUUACAUAAUUAAAUAUAAAACAAUUUUGAUUUUUGGCAAUUACAAGACAUUGUGCGACAAUCCGCAGUACAUUUACAUGGUGAAAUUAAUGACUCUGAUAAAGACGGCUUCGUCAUUUGUCGUGGACGUAAGUCAUCGUUGAGCUUUUCGUAACCAAAUGAACAAUAAUCAAUGGGUGGUAAUUGUGUUUAAUGAACAUUUUUCUAUAUAAAUGUUUGUACAGUGUGCCAAGCCAGUAGCCGCUGGUGCUGUGGCCACAGAAGCGGAACUGGCAGCUCCGGAUACUGGAGGCAGGUACUCCCCUGACUUCAUGUCUACAACCCAGGAGAGCCCCUGGUCUUUGAAGACGAACCGUCAACGCCGACGCUCACUUCCACCAGCCGCCUCCUGGAAACGAUAUCCGGGUACGUUAACAAGAUCCUGGACAAUGUCGACUGCAAGCGCAGUAAGAACAAAUCUGUCACCAAGGCCAACCGAGAGAACACCUUGAACUACUGUAACAGCAUACUCGGGCUCAUCAAGGACGCCAAAGGUUACAACACAACCCAGCCUGGCGGUAGCUCCCGCACUUCUUCCAUCGGUCGAGCCUACCAUUGCCGCCGACCUACAGCUGAUCAGGAAAGAGCUAAGGGAAAUCAAGCGCAGAUUAAGACCAGCACCCCUAGCCGGACUCCGAACACGAUGCCCCUCACUAUCGCGCAAAUGGCGGCUGGACCAUCGAGGGCUGCCCCGUCGACCGAUCUCCCUAUCAUGUCGAGUAACCUCCCAGCGAGCAACAGAACCGCCGCUCCGAAACCAGCCCUGAUCAUGUCGUGCAAAGGAGAGGGAAACCCAAGGGAAAAGGCGGUGAGGGCCCUGAAGAAGUUGGUGGAGUACAAGGAUGCCAAAUAUACAGCGGCUAAGAUUACCAAACUAUCCAACGAUAAGACCCGUGUGGAAUUUGACGGUGUGGAUCACUUCAACGACGCCCUAAGGAGAAUCAACGGCGCACCGGAGGCCAUGGGAGUCUCUGCGGAACCAAAAAGAAAGAUAAGCCCGAUGGUCAUGGUGAAAGGCAUCUCCAAAGAUGUGCGCAGGGAAGAGCUCUUGGGAAACAUCAUCGAGCAAAAUGAGCACCUGCAAGAGCUCUCCGCGGACACUGACAUAAAAUUGCGGUUCAUUAGGAACAAUACAACAAACAGGAAGCCAAGUAGUCAAUACACUUGUAACAGGCACUAAGAAUUUACGAAAAUACUAUUUUUUAUAUGUUUAAAUAAAAAUACGACUUAACAAAGCAACGUCUUUACGUGAAUAGAUGUAGAAACACACUAAACGCGUACGCGCGCUAUGCUUAAUGUAUGGGCGAAGAGGGGAUGUGAAGAGAGCGGGAAGGGACCAUUACAUCUGGCGGCAAGAUGUGUUUUAUUAUUAUUUAGGGUCUCAGGUAUAAGAAUCCGGUCAUAGUUGCCGUCACUCGGAUUUUGCAUACUCAACUACCUCUAGCGCCUGGACUAUACCUAACAAUUGAAAUAACUGCUUGUCUUUUGCACAUUGUGACAAGUUGUCAAGUUCAGACAUGACUAUGGGAAUUAUAUUGUGACGAGGCGACUGUUUAAGGAGUAUUCAUUUAUUGGCUAAGCGAGUUUCAUCCUAUGCUGCCACUAUAUCUGGAGAUUUCCUGAUAGAUGGACUUGUGUCUACAGCUUUGAAACAGCGGAAAUGCAGCUACCGAUGCAUUUGAAGAUCGGUGCCGGGGCGGCAGCCGCCGGCGUAUUUGGUGUCUUAUUCGGAUGGGUUAUGUUUCCGGCUAUUCUGAAGAGUCAAAUCAAGAAGGAAAUGGCGUUGUCAAAGAAGACGGACACACGCGCAAUGUGGGAGAGGAUCCCAUUCGCGAUGAACUUCAAGGUGUACAUGUUCAACUACACCAAUCCGGAAGAAGUACAGAAUGGCGGUAUUCCUAUAGUCAAAGAAAUCGGACCAUACCAUUUCGACGAAUGGAAAGAAAAGGUGGAGCUCGAAGACAGUGAAGAAAACGACACUAUAACGUAUAAGAAAAAAGACACGUUCAUCUUUAGACCAGACCUAUCUGGUCCCGGGCUCACUGGUGAAGAAAUCAUCACCAUGCCUCAUGUUGUUAUGAUAUCGGUGGCAACGAUUGUGAGCAAAGAAAAGCCAAAGCUUACGAAGACCGUCGGGCAAGCGUUCAAUAAAAUCUUCGAGAUACAAAAAGACGCCUUUUUGAGAGUCAAAGUUCUGGAUAUACUAUUCAGAGGCUUUGUAGUGAACUGUGACCAAAAUGAUUUCGGGCCGAAGGCUGUAUGCACUGCUCUUAAAGUAGAAGCUACAAACAACAUUAUUAUAGGACCGAACAAACAAUAUUAUUUCUCAAUUUUUGGACCGCGAAACGGUACUAUAGACCCACAAACAGUGACGGUAAAGAGAGGCAUCAAAAACAUCAUGGACGUAGGUCAAGUGGUGGCUCUCGGCGGACACCCACAAAUAGGUUUAUGGAGAGGCAAGUGUGACCAGUUCCAGGGCACAGACUGGACCGUAUUCCCGCCCUUUUUGACGGAAAAAGACCCACUCGAAGUGUAUUUUGGUGACCUGUGCAGAAACUUCAGGCCAUGGUUCCAAAACAAGACCAAUUACCAUGGCAUAAAGACGAACCGGUACGUUGUCAACAUCGGCGACUUAUCUAACGACCCCAACCUCCGGUGCCACUGCGAGACCGAUGACACUUGCCCCCCUAAAGGCCUGAUGUCCAUGAAGAAAUGCACGAAUGCACCGACGUUCAUAUCCUUGCCACAUUACUUGGAUAGCGACCCUCAGCUCCUGACCACGGUCAAAGGGCUCAACCCUGAUGUGAACAAACACGGCAUCGAAAUAGACUUUGAACCACUUUCAGGUACACCAAUGGAGGCGAAAUUGAGAGUGAUGUUUAACAUGGUGCUACAUCAGGAAAGUCAAAUGGAACUAUUAAGGAAUCUUCCGAACACCAUGGCUCCCUUGUUCUGGAUGGAGGAGGGUUUAGCGCUGGACAAAGACUUCGUGAAGAUGUUGAAGAACCAGCUAUUUCUGCCAAAAAAAAUUGUGGGUGCGCUGAAAUGGAUAUUGGUCACAAUAGGAAUUUUCGGUACUGCUGGGAGCUUGAUCAUGCACUUCAAAGAUGACAUAAUGGGCAUGGUUGGAUCAUCGCCUGGAUCGUCAGCAAAAACCAAAGUGAAUCCAGAGACCAACCAACAAAAAGGCAUCAGUGUUAUCGGGGGUACACAAAAUCUCCCCAAACUAGACAUGUAAUAUCCGCAGCUCCUUAACUUCUACCUAAAGAUGAAAGGCAAUCAUCAAUGCUGGGUGGAAUCCAUAUAUCUGUAGUGCUAUUCUGUACAAACAAACUCACAUUUUACCACGGAAUUCGCCGAUGUGAUUUGAUUUUUUUGAGAUUCGUGUUCUAAUUUAAAAUCACACCGCGGAUUCCGAAGUAAAAAGUGAGUUUUUGAAGUGAAAACUUCUUUAGCGGCGUUGUACACUUUUUUGUAUGGCUAAAAAAUGUUAAACUCGUGUCAUGACACGUGGGCUAAUCGCAUCACAGGCCACGUGUCCUGAUCGUAAGACGAAAACAAUAAAAUUGGAAAGGUUGUUGACUUUCAAUAUAUUGGACGAAACAUAGUAAUAUUUUAUUUUAUCGUAUUGUAAUAAUAAGUCGGUAUCUAGGACGUCCAGGUGGCAGCUCUAUUGCGAAAAAAAAUGCAUUUUUUUACAAUAGACAUCGCUAGGUGCGCUUAAAUGAGAAAUUCUGAGAGAUAAACUUUUUAAUGUAAUAUAAAUUGUCAUGUUUGUGUACAAUAGUGCAAUAAAUAAAUAUUGUAUUCUACCACAUAAAUGAUAGUACUUUUAUACUGAAAAUUAAAGAAAUUGGUGCAAAAUUAUUCCCUAACCAUUCCAAAUUAUCAAAAAUGCACAACGUUUAUAUUCAAGUUUUCACUUCUGCCGGCACUCCCGGAGUGCAACCCGUCGUUAUUUUUCUUGCAAAAUAGCACUGCUGGGUUACUACAGGCUUUCACAAGAGUCGCACGGCUUCGAAAGGAACGCACUGUAGAUUUUUCAUUACCAAUAAAUGUUAUAGUCAUACGGCGAAGCUCAGAAUCAAACCACAGUACUCUUACACUUAAAAUAUAUAAUAUACCUAUGUAUAACUACGAGAAUAAUGUGCUAAAGUUUUUAAAAAAAGUUAUUCAACUCCACAAUAAAUUAUUACCAACUGAAUUAGUUUUCUUACUAUGUAUGGAG